CCCUCUGGUGGUAUUUUAAUUUUCUGGAAGUGAGAUCGUCUACAGAAAGAAGCAAAAAUUGGUUCAUGGAACCCGAGGUUUAUGGAAGGGUAACUACUGAAGGACAUGAUCUUGGAACAGAAUUUUUUCAAGGAUCAAAUGACAGUCAGGAGGAGUUUGUCUUUUUUGUAGAGAAAGGUUUUGUUAAACCUUCUGAAUCGGUUACUGUAAUUGGGCAUUUCGAUGAAAAAUAUUCCCACCAUGCUGAAAGAGUUCUGUGUUUUGUAUUCGGUGAUGUAGCAGUUCCUGGGGAACGCCUAUCUGGAAGUGCAUAUAAGGCCGUUUUACUUCCUAAUCUCCCUGGACCGAUUAAUUUUUAUGUGAGUUUUGAUGGUAUAAUUCCAAUUAGUCAGCUUAUGGAACUUGAGUUGUCAUCUAAAACUGUUAAAUCGGCAGUGGAUCUUGAUCUUGAACAAAGACUAGCUCGCAUGUUGGUACCCAGAGAGGAAGACGGUGAUGAUUUAUGUGCAAAACUACUUCAAUGCGAUAGCUUGAAUACCCAUUCUGAAAUUAUUUUGAGAAAAUACCUCAAGGAUUGGGUGUUUGAAGGCUAUAGAAGGGGUAAACCUUUUGAUAUUCAUGGUUUAGGAGUUACGCAUCUUUGUGCUUCUUUGGGAUAUACAUGGGCAAUUGCACUAUACCGAAGGAUUUAUUUCGGGGUAGAUUAUAGAGACCUAAAUGGGUGGACAGCAUUGCAUUGGGCAGCAUUCCACGGAAGGCAAGGUGCGACUACAUUACUCUUAAUCCAUGGGGCAAAUCCAUCCUUACUUACUAAACCAAAUGCUGAACACCCAUGGGAACGCACGGCCGCUAGUAUCGCUUUUGAACGUGGCCAUAAUGAUUUAGCUGCCUACCUGGUAGACAUAAUGGACAACCCAAAGAAGAUUGUGCGCCUAUCUACUGUCCGGCCAAAGCUAGUUGGAAUUCAGAGGUCAUAUUGAUAUCACAGUAUCAGGGAAAAGAUUUAAGCUGAAGGAGCACCACACUGUCAAUUUCAAAUGUUAUUCUUACUUAGCUUUUGUAGGUCACCAAGGUUUCAAAGACAAAGUUCUGGAGAUUUAGUGUCUCGUCGUAAACUAGCUGUAACUGACUUCAAGGGUUUUAUUGCUUUAAAGACAAAGUUAGUGAGCAG